AUGAUCUGGGUCGGCUAUAUCCGCUUCUUUGGUGAGCGGUAUGGUGUCGGCCCCACGAGGCAGUCGUAUCCGGAGCUCGACAACACCGGCAUCCGUUAUCCCCCUCCCGUGUCGGAACAGGGGCAGUUUGAGAUCAACGACACCAUCCUGGUCCCUGAUCUUCUGGGACCUGAGGAAGAAGCCAGGCAGAUGAUCUACUUGGCAGAGGGCCACAGUUACACCGUGCGAUUGGCCGAUAUCGCGGCCCCAGCCAACUCGACAUGUCCCGAGUGA